GGGAAGCACGUCACUUCCUGUUUCUUUAGGGGAACGUGGCUUUCCACGCAUAGCCCGUCUUCCCUUCUGCGUCUCUGCUGCAGCUGCCGGACCUGGAGUCGGACCCCGAGUGCAGCCUUGCCAUGGACUCGGCCCUCAGCGACCCGCAUAACGGCAGUGUCGAGGCAGGCGGCCCAACCAACGGCACGACGCGGCCGCCUUCCACGCCCGAGGGCAUCGCGCUGGCCUAUGGCAGCCUCCUGCUCAUGGCGCUGCUGCCCAUCUUCUUCGGCGCCCUGCGCUCCGUGCGCUGCGCCCGCGGCAAGAAUGCCUCGGACAUGCCCGAGACCAUCACCAGCCGGGACGCUGCCCGGUUCCCCAUCAUCGCCAGCUGCACGCUCUUGGGGCUCUACCUCUUUUUCAAAAUAUUCUCCCAGGAGUACAUCAACCUCUUGCUGUCCAUGUAUUUCUUCGUGCUGGGAAUCCUGGCCCUGUCGCACACCAUCAGCCCCUUCAUGAAUAAGUUUUUUCCAGCCAACUUCCCAAAUCGACAGUACCAGCUGCUCUUCACCCAGGGCUCUGGGGAGAACAAGGAAGAGAUCAUCAACUAUGAGUUUGACACCAAGGACCUGGUGUGCCUGGGCCUGAGCAGCAUCGUUGGUGUCUGGUACCUGCUGAGGAAGCACUGGAUUGCCAACAACCUCUUCGGCCUGGCCUUCUCCCUUAAUGGGGUGGAGCUCCUGCACCUGAACAACGUCAGCACUGGCUGCAUCCUGCUGGGCGGGCUCUUCAUCUACGAUGUCUUCUGGGUAUUUGGCACCAAUGUGAUGGUGACAGUGGCCAAGUCCUUUGAGGCACCAAUAAAAUUGGUGUUUCCCCAGGAUCUGCUGGAGAAGGGCCUGGAAGCGGACAAUUUUGCCAUGCUGGGACUCGGAGACAUCGUCAUUCCAGGAAUCUUCAUCGCCUUGCUGCUGCGUUUUGACAUCAGCUUGAAGAAGAACACCCACACCUACUUCUACACCAGCUUUGCAGCCUACAUCUUCGGCCUGGGCCUGACCAUCUUCAUCAUGCACAUCUUCAAACACGCCCAGCCUGCGCUCCUGUACCUGGUCCCCGCCUGCAUCGGCUUUCCUGUCCUGGUGGCACUGGCCAAGGGAGAAGUGACAGAGAUGUUCAGCUACGAGUCCUCAGCGGAAAUCCUGCCUCAUACCCCGAGGCUCACCCACUUCCCCACAGUCUCGGGCUCCCCAGCCAGCCUGGCGGACUCCAUGCAGCAGAAGCUAGCUGGCCCUCGCCGCCGGCGCCCGCAGAAUCCCAGCGCCAUUGGAAGGUUCAAGAAGCUUAAAAUUGGCCUUCACAAGCCCAAGUCCAACCUCUCCCGUUUGCCGCUGCCCUUGCCACCUCUUGGCACCACCAGGCACAGAGAAAGCGGAGCAGGCAGCCUGUCUGAGGAGGGCGCACAGCGGGGCCGGGCCAAGUCCUGGAAGUUAUGAGGAGUCAAAUCCAAAGGAUCCAGCAGCAGUGACAGAAUCCAAAGAGGGAACAGAGGCCUCGACAUCGAAGGGGCUGGAGAAGAAGGAGAAAUGAUGCGGCUGGUGCCUGACCCUCUGAGGGCCAGACACACGGGCCCGCACGGCCGCAGUCCUGCUGAAGGGGAACGGCAGCUCCAGGAGAGGGGCAGGGGCAGCAGGCUCCCUCCAACAGGGCCUCCGGGGCCUGGUUCCCUCUCCCCCAUCUCUGGCCUCGCUCUGCCUCUCCCCAUCCCUGCCCGCAAAGGAAGCCCCCAACUGCCCCCACCCCCCCAGGUGCCAGGUGGGAAAAGUGGGUCUGAUUUUUAGACUUUUGUAUUGUGGACUGACUUUGCCUCACAUUAAAAAUUCAUCCCAUUGCCCGGGCA